AUGACAUCUACAACUUCAUCUACCACACCAUCCUGUUGUACUAAAGGAUCAGAAUGUGAUUUAUUAACUUGGAAAGAUCCAAUUAAAACUGGUAAAUUAUUUGGAUCAAUUAUUAUUGGUUUAACAAUUUUUAAAACAAUUAAUUUAAUAAACGUUUUAUUUCAUUUUGGUUAUAUUGCUUUAUUAAUUGUUGCUGCUGCUGAAUAUUCCACUAAAUUAAUUACUGGUAAUGGAAUCAUUAGUAAGUAUAAACCAACUUGUUCAUGUGCUGAAAAAUUUAAUCAAUCAAUUUUACCUCAUUUAAGUAUUAUUAGUGUUAAAUUAGAAUCACAAUUCAAAAAGGUUAUAUUUGCUGAAGAUGUUGAAUGUACUUUAAAAGCUGCUGGUGUAUUUUAUAUUUUCUAUAAAUUAACUUCUUGGUUUUCAAUCUUUACUUUGGUUACAACUGCUACAGUUUUAUUAUUCACUUUACCAUUUAUUUAUACAACUUAUAAAAAGGAAAUUGAUGCUGCUGUUGCUAACUUUUCCGCAUGUGCAAAAUCAAAGAUUUCUGAAGUUACUUCAACUAUUCAAGAAACCGCAAAGCCUCAUAUUGAAACUUUAAUUAAAAAGACAGGUCCAGUUGGUGAAUUCAUUCAAUCUAAAAUCCAUACCAGAACUGCUGGUUCUACUGUUAAAGAUUCAAAGGAUUCAGUAUUUGCCACUGCCACUGGUGGUGCAGCAGCUGCUGCUGCUAAGCCAAAAAGUUCAGAACCAGCAGAUGUAUUUUCUGAUUUAAAGUCUUCGGCUACUGCUACUGGAUCUUCUCAAUUCCCAAAUAUUCCAUCUUCUUCAACCUCAGAAGUAAGAAGUAAGGUUGAAGAUGUUGAAGAUGAAACUGAAAAAUUGUUAUAA